AUGGUAAAAAAUAAAUUUAUGAAUGUUCUCUCGUGUGUUAGCAGCUCUCUUUUGAGUAUUUCUGCGGAUGGAAUGGAAUACUCCGUUGAGCCGCUUGGCUAUUCUUUUAUCCUUUACAUCGAUGGCUUGCUUGUUGACCAGCUAUUUUUUACAUCUAGGAUUCUUGCCACUUCGAUUACUGCUGGGUAUAUUUCAGUUGUGUUCGGUGAUGGAGUGCAUCUGUAUCCACUUCGAAGAGAGAACAGAGUGGGGAAAGCAAGAAAAAUAAAAAUAGAAGGAGUAGUAAAGGCACAAGCACUGGAGGAGUAUCUUAUGCUGACUGUGGCAAGAGGCGGCGCAGUAGAAAACAUUCUGUAUAAUGUAGAGAGUGCAAUAGAACGCGUAAUUGGCAGAGCAGAAAAUGGACAUUCUUUUGCAGUGCCAACUUUUACCAUAAAUAGAGCAAAGAGUAAAGAUGAUAGAAUAUUGGUGCUAAAAUACGCUGAUCACACCAGAUGCAUAGAAGAGAAAGAUGCCGAACUAGUAGAUAGUAGUGUAUCUGAUAUAGAAGAUGCAAAGACCGUGUGUAAACAUGUCCUGUUUAUUGAUAAGAGAAAUAUUCUCAAAAUUUCAUCUAACAAGAUAGUUCAUGAGAAGAUAAGCACACACAGAGAGCUAUUGAGCAUCUCUGAUGCAGCAGUGUGUGUCACAGGUGAAGGAGCAGAAAUAGCUGCAUCGAAAAAUAAAUAUAAAGUGUCCAGAUACAAUAAUAAGUACGUGUUAUACAAUGUUACUGAAAAUAGUAGUAAUAACAUUCUGAACAGAAGAAUGGACAACAGCCAUAUAACAAAUGACAAAACAGAUAGCAGCGAUAAGAGAACUGUUAAGGAUCACGCCUAUGGCCAUGUGAUAGAGCAGACAGAUUGCAUGCCUGCCCUGCUCCUGGGUGCACAGUCAGUGAGCACUUUUUCUUUUGAUAAAUAUGUUCAUCAGCUGCUCAUAACAGGAAUGAUUAAAAUAUUUGCAGCUGACAAAGGAACUCUUAAAUACUGCCGAAUGGUGGGCCCUGUUACUACUUCUGGUUUAAGCAGUUUCUACGCAUUUUCCACCCAUCUGGCAACUCUGGUUGUUUUAGUAUACGGUAGCAGAUGCAUUGUAGCAGAGUUUGGACACUUGGUUAGUCCUGUAUCUGCUGUUAGUUUCCAAGAUACGAUCAAAUCAGUAAGAAAGUAUCGUAAAGAGAUUUUAGUAGAGUGUUCUAGCGGGUACAGAAGGUAUUCACUGGACAAGAAUAGAAAGUUAGCAGAAGUACGCAUACCAAUGCUUCCUAAUACAACCAUCUGCUCACUUGAUGCGCCUAACCCAAAUGUACAGCACGCUCCUGUCACUUUUACUAAGCUGGACAACGGACUAACCGCGGUGCAAUGGAAUGGCAAAACCCUGGUUGAAGACAAGAUGAUAAAUGAUUUCCAUCUGUUGCACACAGGCUAUGUGUACACACAGGGGUUCUUGCUUGUGCUUUCCUCUGGCUCCAUUUCAUUUCCGUUCUGCAUUAAGACUAUUUCUGUGUAUAACUCAGCCGACAGAAGCACGGUUCUUGUCCAGCUAGUCACUGGAGCAGUGCACCUGCUCUCCAUUGCCAAUGGCGCGGUAGAAGGCAGGAUGGACUUAUUCCACAGCAUAAUACCUGAAAAAAUAGUAAUGGUUUCUUUAGCGUCAUUUCUGACUGUCUCUGAUAAUGUACUAACUCUAUUUGGAGGAUGCGAGUAUAUCCAGCCCACCAUUCGAGCUGUCCUUCCUGCUUCUAUACAAGAUGCAAUCAUCACACAGGAGUACAUACUAAUUGUAACAGAAGACAGCAGACUGUACACGAUUGAUAGAACAGCACAGAGCACAGGGGUAUCACGCGAUGACUCAGUGAAUGCUCUUUGGCAGAGCUUGUAG